CAAGCCCCGAGGCGAAAGACGUUUUUGCUGUGAUAGUAAACGCAAAAGAAGUUCAGAUGGAAGGCCAAAUGAUCGUUGUAUUAAGUCUUUGCCUGAUUGGGAUAUGGGGUACAAGCGAAGCCGCUACCGGGAUAUUUGACUGUGACAGCAAUCUUAACCGACGCAAUUCCUGUUGCACGGGAGUCCGAGGUAUUUCGGCCAGGGUGAUGACCAAGAGGUCAUGGUCCUCCUGCCACCAAGGCCAUUCAUUCGCUGCGAAUGGCUGUAGCCUAUGGGUCAAUCAUGGAUGCAGGGCCCGCUUCUACGUCGAUUUCAACUGCAGAAAUGUGAAAACGAGCGGUGUCUAUUGCAGCAGUCGAAAUUAUGAAUACGCCGAGUGUCCCGUCGGUGGAGUCAUAACUUCUGUCAAGGUGGCCAAGAAGCACUCCCGCUCCAGCUGUGACCUCAACAGAAGCUUUGGUUUCCUUGCCAACAAUAUCUGGGUUGACAAUGGGUGCAGGGCCACUUUCACUGUCCAAUACUGCGCUGACCGAAAGUGUUCUUGUUAAAAUGUAUGAAUCAUGUCACUUUAGUUCUUUUUAAGCAAUUUAUGAUUGUAUUUCAACAAGAUACAAGAAGUG